AUGCCCGGAUACGAUUUAUCUCCAGCGGACCGAUCGAUAAUCGACAAAAAGAAUUUAUGCCCUAAAUGUGAGGGACUUCUUAGAGAAGCUGUGCAAACAAUAGCAUGUGGACAUAGGUACUGCAAAACAUGCGUGGAGGCGAUUCUAAGGUAAGUAGUAUCACUGCUCGACACCAACUUAAAUCGCUUAAUAUGCUAUAUAAUGUAGAUAAUUGUCAAACAAACUGUAGAAAAAAACUAGUUGACAUAUCGCAGGCCCCAGUUGAUCAAAAGAUGGAUCGCGCUACCCACCUGAUAAUCUCCAUUAUAUCUGACGUGACUCAAUUGAUUUUCCUUGCAUUUAAUGACCAUUUAUCUGAUGGAUAAUGAUUUAUCCAAAAGUAGGUUGAGUUUGAUCGUCCGGGUGAACGUAGUCCUGAGUAGGACUGUUGUUGUUGACAGUGACUGACGUUUGAUCAACAACCUGUGCGGCAGUCACCUACAGAGUCAAAGUGAGUUGUAUCACGUCAGCUGACGGCAUUAUACUCUGGUUAUUGACCUGAUUGGUCAAAUACGUCGCGAUGUUAUUGGUCGUCUGUCCAGCUGUAUGUCAGUUAAGCUGUGAUGUUAUUGGCUAUGAAGACUCGUAGUCAGUAGUUGGUGCGUUUCGAUCCGUCCAUUGUCACAGUUAAACAGUCGUCUAUUGUUAGUCAAAUUGUCAGUUCUCCAGUCGUUCUCUCGUAGUUAGUUUUGCUUGAUCUCGUCAAUAAGUCUUUUAAUACGGUGUUGGUAACUGUUGGCUACGAUUCAGUGGCGUUUGUUCUAAGUUAGUAAACCAGCUUUCUAAAGUAAGCCGUUGAUAGUAGUCCCGGGGGGUACUCGAUAUAUCCUUGGGUGGGGAGGUGCGGCUCGGCCCCUCAUACCCUGACCCUGUUUAAGACAAAAAUCGCUGAUUUUCCUACCCUGUUUAAGACAGAAUUCCGAUUUUUGAUUCCCAGUUUAAGACAUUCGUAGAACAUAAGCGCAGGCUGUUUAUCGUCUAAGAACAGGGUUAUGGGCUCCUGUCUAAGAAAAGAUACCCUGUUUAAGACAAAAAUGGAUAAAAUCGAUACCCUGUUUAAGACAAAAAUCCCGAAAAACAUACCCUGGCUGGCCGCACGUCCCCAUUAAGCCCUUAUAAGGGAGGAUCCCCCCCCCCCGGGUUCAUGAUAUAAAUUCAUUUCAGUAUAUUUCAAUUCAUAAAAAAGUAAAUGUUAAACUCAUUGACCAGGCCAUUUCCAUCUAGAAAACUUUGCGAGUGCAUAACUCUCCAUGCAUUGUCUUGUUGUUACUAAUUUGCAAAGUAUUUGUAGAGACUGAUGAAUGAACAACAUAGAAACGUAAAUCACUAAAAUAAAAACAGUCCUAGGUCACUUCCUGUGGGACUCAGGGCCCAAUGAUACAAUAAGCAGACAAAAAUGAAUGCUCGUAGCACUAAUUACGGGCCAAAACAUUGGUUGCAUUAUCAAUAAAUGACAAAUUUGUGCUACAAAACCAGCCAAAAAUGUAAAUAAUGCUAGUGGUGCUCUUUUUGGUAAAAUAGAUUAACAUUAUUUUCGUAAUGACGAAUUAUGCCAAACAAUCUAUCAAAGCUUAGUACUGGGAACAUUGUUGGGACAUUUAACCGCUCCACUGCCGCGUCGCUUACCGUGCAAUGCAAGAAUAUCUUGACCCGUUUAUUUAACACCAACUGUGCAUCAGUAGAUAACGCUCCGACAAGGCCACUUAGAUCGGCCUCUAACAACCUCAAUAUUCCUAGAUCUAACUGUUGUACAUAUGAAGAUAACGCCUUUUCAAUUGCCGCACCGCAAAUGAUUUCGUCAUUUAAGUCUAAUUUAAUUUAAGGAAGCAUUUUGUUAGUUGCCUGAUAUGGACCACAGAACAAGCUUUUAUUUUAUAUUUAUUAUUAUAAAUUAUUAUAAUUAUUAUUAUUUUUUAAUUUCACAUAAAUAAUUACAUGGACAUCUAACCGAAUAGUACCAUAUUAUAGAUUACUACCAUUUUUGUAAAUUCAUUCAGGCGUAUGCGAAAUCCUUAUAUAAGAGGUGCUAUCAUUAUUGUUACUAGAGGUAGUUAUUUAUUAUAGAUCCGUGUUCUUCACUUACAGAAACGAGAUCGAGUCGAAACGAGUCCAGCUUCCUGGCUGAGAUGCCCCUGAUAAAAUCAGUAGUGGCGGCUAAUCGGCAGUCGCCAGCAAUACCUCGAAAAUUUGUGCCUUUGUACCACAGGAACACCAAGAUUAGGAUGCUUUUUGACGAACGCGAUUAUGAUUGGUAUUAUUAUUAUUAUUAUUAUUAUUAUUAUUAUUAUUAUUAUUAUUAUUAUUAUUAUUUAAAGCUGCAACUAUACACAUGUUUACAGAUAUAUUUAAUAUGUUACAGCUCCAAAAACAACCACACCAUCAACACAGCCUCUGAGUACAGGAAGUCCAACAACAGGGAUGCCAAAUACUUUGAAACCAACUAUCCCCCAAGUGUGCAGUGUGCCAGUUAACAAGACUGUACCACCCCUCUCCUGUGAUCCACUAUGUGGUACAGGUAACUAGUAUCUACUACUCUUUGAAUUAAGGAAUCUGCAGGGAAGCAUACUAGAGUACAAUAACAGUCACGUAGGCAGAGUACAAUAUCAGUCGUAAAAAUUACUAUAAUGGCCACAUUAGCAUUUUAGCAAUAACUGCGAAAAAUCCGUAAGCGCUACACUUCUACAGAUAUACUAGAAGGUUGUGGUGCUUAUUUGGGGGUUACAGUUCAAGUACCAGGAUUUGUCCCAAAUCAUGACAUUUAUUCAAGGACCCUGCUGUUUUAAGUAACUACAGAUAAUUUUUGUACCUGAUUCUUUUUGCCGAAAGAUUGGAGGAGGAGGAGGAGGAGGAGGAGGAGCAUACCUCACCCUCUUCACACUAUUCUGCCCCCUCUCCCUUCCGGGUACUUCAUAGAUGUGACAGUCCAUUUUGAGAAUGCCCACCAUUAUUAUUUCUGUUGCAGGUCUGACGUAUCACAGUACUGGAAAGUGUCUGUCCAACGGGCGUUGUCUCUGCUGGUGGGGGUGGACUGGUGCAAAUGCUUGCUAUGUCGACGGAGGAAUUUAUAACAACCGAAUUUUGGUAAGUGUUUUUGUUACAUGAUUUAUGGAAACAGCUUAGCUCAACUACAAGUGUUCUGAUUAGUAAACCUUCUCUCAGUUUUACUUUAAUUUGUUUACAGUUAAUGGUAUAACAAGGAGGCCCUCCGAUGUCAUGCACAUUUCAGUGGGCACCCAGGGGAGAGAUCUUGAGACCGCCCCCCCCCUCCCCCAAGGGAGUACCCCCCCCCCCGGGAUAGUAGUCUAUAGAAUACAUUGUACAUGUUGCAGAGUCCCAGUCAAUUUGAUGUUUCGUCUGUGAAUGGUGUUCAGCAAUGUGAUUGUUGACGUCACCAUUCCUCGUCGCUCGUUUGUGUUCGGUCAGUCGGGUGCUAAGGUUUCAGCCAGUUUCACCAACGUAGGGGAAGCCUGGCAGUCGCAGCAUUUGAUCUUGUAUACUGCUCCCUGUCUGUCCUCCGGUUUGUCUUUGUCCUUAACAUUAGUAAGCAGUCGCUGUAAAGUGGUUAUCGGUUUGUGUGCAACACGUAUAUAAUAAGGUUGUAAUAUACGUGCGAUAGUUUCAGAGGUGCCUCUGAUGUAUGGUAUAGUCGCUGUCGUAACAGGGCCAAAGUUGACGUUGGUCUGAGUGUUACUGUGAGUGUUUCGUCUAACAAAGUCCGUUUUGUAAUUGGUCUUACUAAAAACGUUGUUAAGAUAAUUAGUCUCGUGUUGUAGGCUGUCAGUUGAGUCGCAAGCUAGUUGUGCUCGUCUCGUCAAAGUCCGGAUAGUAGUGUAGCCUUGUGAGAGGUCAGGUUGUACGAAGACUGGUCUAGUAAUCGGACGGUAUGUGUCGGUUUUCUGUAAAUAGUCGUGUGCAGUUUGUUGAUGUCGCGAGUGACCAAGCAGUUUAGAAAAGGUAUCUUACCGUUUUCUUCGAUCUCCUUGGUGAACUGUAUCAGUGUCCGCGUUCUGUCUGUCUGUUAAGGUGCUCGUGAAGAUCGUCGAUUCCGUCUUUGUGUACGGCGGUGAAUGUGUCGUUAAUGGAACGUAACCGGUAAUUAACCGGUAAAUCGUUACGGCAGAUAGCCCGUUAAUACUUUGUAGAUAAUUGUAUACAGGCUCAUAUACCUGAGAUAAUUGCCAAAUAUGCUGUUAAAAAGUAGAUAUUCUGAUAUCUGGGUGUGAUGCAGAUAAUUUGUAAAUGCAGUGUAGAUAAUUUCACUGUAAAUUUACUGAUCCCAGAUUCCCUCUUUUACAGGCAGGAAGCGGGAAAGUGCAUCAUUGAUGGAACAGAUAUUACUAAAGAACAGGUUUGUUAUCGGCACACAGAACAAACGAGUGCUCCACAAAAAUAGUUUGUGUUAAGUUAUCAUCAAAAUUUCUAAAUGAACAGGUUUUAACAGAUACAGAAGCCAACGUUUCGCAUGAGAGCAAUAACGAUAACCAUAACCAAAACGAUAGCGAUGACGAUAACGGUUAUGAUAAAUAUAAUGAAUAAUAAUAAUGAUGAUGAUGAUGAUGAUGAUGAUGAUGAUGAUGAUGAUGGUGAUGAUGUUGAUGAUAAUAAUAAUAAUAAUGAGUUCCAAAUUGUAGGUGUUGCAAAUGAGAAUGAUCUACAGCCAUAUUUCUUCAACUUUGCUGAUGGUAUUGUCAGGAGCCUCUUAGAGGCAGAUCUUAAGCUUCUUGAUGGUCUAUAGGGUUGCAACAUUUCUGCUAUAUAGGAAGGUGUUGACCCAUUUAAGGCUUUAAAGGUUAACAAAAGCAUCUUGUAUUUGAUACGGCCGUACAUGGGAANAGGUUUGUUAUCGGCACACAGAACAAACGAGUGCUCCACAAAAAUAGUUUGUGUUAAGUUAUCAUCAAAAUUUCUAAAUGAACAGGUUUUAACAGAUACAGAAGCCAACGUUUCGCAUGAGAGCAAUAACGAUAACCAUAACCAAAACGAUAGCGAUGACGAUAACGGUUAUGAUAAAUAUAAUGAAUAAUAAUAAUGAUGAUGAUGAUGAUGAUGAUGAUGAUGAUGAUGAUGAUGGUGAUGAUGUUGAUGAUAAUAAUAAUAAUAAUGAGUUCCAAAUUGUAGGUGUUGCAAAUGAGAAUGAUCUACAGCCAUAUUUCUUCAACUUUGCUGAUGGUAUUGUCAGGAGCCUCUUAGAGGCAGAUCUUAAGCUUCUUGAUGGUCUAUAGGGUUGCAACAUUUCUGCUAUAUAGGAAGGUGUUGACCCAUUUAAGGCUUUAAAGGUUAACAAAAGCAUCUUGUAUUUGAUACGGCCGUACAUGGGAAGCUAGUGUAACUGUUUGAGAAUUGGCGUGAUAUGAUCAUGUUUCCUGGAACGAGUUCCAAGGCGUGCAGCACAGUUUUGGACAACUUGUAGACGAUCAAUCAGAGAUUGACGAAGGCCAUAGAGUAAUGAAUCACAACAAUCUAAUUUAGAGGAAAUAAAAGCAUGAAGAUGAAAAUGAUAGUGUCAAUGAUAACGAUAACGAAAAGUAUAAUGAUACUGAUAAUAAGGAAUGGGCAAAGUUAUGAUUACCAAAUUUUGUUUUUUCACUUACGGUAAAAAUGAACCGUUUGUUGUCGUUGCAGGUAUUUCUUGACCGAUUUAUCGAGCGUGAAAUCCAAUCACUCUUGGUUCAUUGCAUUCAUCAAGAAGAAGGUUGUGACUGGAGAGACGAGCUUAGGAAACGAGAGGUAACUACUGGGCUUCUAAAUUGUACUGUUCAAAUGAAAUAUAAUGAUUUAUACACUGUACUGGUUGCUACUAGCUGUAAGUUAUAUCUGUGUAAUAGAUAAAGACUGUUACAAAUUAACCUCUGGCCCUAAUGGCCAGAGGGUCUCAGUGGGGUUCAAAUCAUCAGCCAGUGGAUGUAAAAGUAGUGAUCCAAGAUGCGUAAACGUUUGAAACGUUUUCACCGUAAUUGUCAAAAAAAAAGUUAAUGGUCACUUUAUAUCCCAGCCGGUGAUGGUACUAAAAGACCUUGCAUAAAAGCCAAAAUUUCAAUAAAAUUCACCUCAUUCAGGUAGACUCUCUUAACAUUCAGGCUCGAGUUCUGUAGAAAUCUGUAGAGCUAUACUCUAGACAUAACAGACGAUCUUUCAAAUAAAGCGAUUUUCAGUUGAGCCCAAGUAGUAAAGGGGGCAUGAUUUACUGCGUAAAAGUAACAACAUUAUCUGAGAAAAGGCAAUUUCAAUUGGGCAUGGCUGAAUAAAAGUAGUAUAAAGCGCAUGAUAUGAUUUGCCUCGUGUUUUUAGCACAGGAAUCUUAUCAGCAUGUGUAAAAAGAUUAAUAAAGCGAUUUCAACAGCGCGGAAGUAGUAUAGGGCGAAUGAUUUGCUACUUGUUUUGACACAGUUUUAUAUACUUUAGUCUUAGAUUUUACGAUGCUCCCAGUUUAAAAUAUGUCGAUUGUACAACAACGCUGUUCUUCUUCCGUCUUUAGUGCUAUUUUGUUCAUUAUUGCCAAAAUUGACAAUUACAUGUUCUCGUAUGUUAGGAUCACGAAGCUGUGUGUGUAUACAUUCAAGUUCCAUGCGUUCAUUCAGGAUGCGGUGAACUGAUGACUAGAGCAAAUCUGGUAGAGCAUCUUGAGAAGUGGUGUCAAUUCAGAAUGGAAAAAUGUGACUACUGCCAAACUCUUGUAGAGUUUGCAUUUUUGAAGGUAACGAUAACCCUCAUGAAAUUGUUUUUUACCCCUAAGUUGUCCUCAUUUGGGAUACGAUCCUUUCACUUUUAAGUCUUCCUUUGCAACAACAAAUUUCCAUGUUGUGAAGUUAUUCAUCGGUCUUCAUAAGAUCACUCAUGCAUUUUUAAUUUCUCUUUCUCUUUAUUCUUCUAGUCAUACCUCUAACCCGCUAACAUCUGAAAUCGGCAGAAGUAGUUGCUAGUGUUAAGUCUCAUAAACAAGAGAUCUUUUCUUUUUCAUUCAAAACCCAGUCAGCUUGGAUACUUUGUUCACAGUGAUCUCUAAACUGAUGACUAACAUAAUUAAUUAUACCCAGGAACACCAGGACUCUCAGUGUCCCUCAGUCCCAGAGACUUGCGCUGAAUGCGGGAGAAAGGGUAUCCCUCGUUCUCAGGUGAGUAAGCCUUACCAGCCUUUCUGAUUUGAAAACUUUUAUUUGCGAAGUUGAUGCUCACUGGCAUCACUGGAUACUUUGCACAAGCACUUUCUGCAAUCGAAAAAAAAAGGCAACGCAUCUAAUUUUGUUGUCCUCCAUGCUCCGAGAGGUUUCUUCUUCCUGUUUUUUUGUUUUUGCAUACUCCCUGAAACAAUGAUUCCAGAGUUCCACUUCGCGGUACGAAAAAAGAUGGCACCACGAGCAGAACUCUGGGUAAAUCGACCAAUCUAUCUUUUUCCAUACCGCGAAUUUGAUCGUUUAAUCAGCAACACAUGCACGUUGGUGAAAGAGUUCUUAACAGGUAGCUCUUAGGUGUUGCGUGGGUAACAAAUUUAAUUCAAGAACAUUUUACAUCAUACUACAUAUAGUUACCGUAACUCUGGAAUAAAACGUUUGGGACUUAAUUUUGGUUUUUAUCUUUCUCACUCCAUCAGAUGCCUGCCCAUUAUGAUCCGGUAAACGGAGACUGUGAGGAAUUACAGUCAAGUUGUCCAUGGGCACAAAUUGGAUGCCCUGAGACAAAGGUAUGCAAAUACUUAGAUUACUUUUGUUACAGGAGGGGAUCGUGCUUUAGAGGGGAAGUUGAAUGUUCAAAAAUGAAUGGCAUCGAUCGCUUUUUGUGUAAAGUGCCGCCACACGUAAGAUGACUUUCCCUUGCCAGAGCAAAGCCAGAACAAAUGUCAAGGAUUUGUCUUACAUAAAUUUAAAGACUUCUGUGGAGGAGGGCGGGAGAUCUUUUAUAUGUGAUUUUGUCCAGGGAAAACGUUUACUGAGUGGUCCGUAGCUUGUGCAGGUUUGCGAAGACGUCUCCGGAAAGCUCAUACUGAGCCUUGAUCAAAGCUAGCUACGGGCCACUUUUGAAUCCGGCACUUGAAGUUUGACUGUAUGCUCCAAGUCAGCAAUCAUUCUGAAAUUUGUGGAAGGGCUGCGUGUUUAUUAACGUUUCUGAGCUUUAAUAUACCAUGUCGUUUUCGUUUUGUUUAGACUAUGAAGCUGCAGGAACGAAGAAUGCAUGAAGAGGAAAAUGCUUCCGGUCACCUGAUGCUCCUAUUUCAGACCGUAAUGCAGCUCUUCUCAAUGGUUGGGAAGACCAUGCGGGAAUCUGGUCUCGUGUCAAUGAACGGCGUAAAUCUACCAAAACAGAAAGAUUUGGAACGCUAUGCUAAACAAGUUGAGAAUAUGCUGAAAGAAAAUGAAGAACUCAAAUCAAAAUUGGCUCAACAAGAAGAAAGAGUAAGGCAACUGGAAAGUUCUAGACAGAACAGGUCAAACUCAGCUUCAGCAUUUGAUUCAACGCUCGCCAAAGAGCUUUUACAGAGGAUGACUACAGAAGAAGGAAAGACAGCCAAUCUCGAACUUUUGCUUGUUGAAGCAAACAGAUUAAAUGAAGAACUACAAAGAAAGGUGUCUACCCUAGCCAGGCAACAGGAGUCUUCGAAUGGAACAACUGAUCGGCUACAAAGACAGUUCGAGUCCAUGAGUCACUCACUAGCACUUCGUAAUGUUAUGCUGACAGAUUUGGACGAAUACGUGAGGCAGCAGGAAGUCUCCAGUCACGAUGGAAUCUUGCUUUGGAAAAUCACCGAGUUCGCUAAAAAACGGCAAGACGCCGUGUCCGGGCAUCAGACGUCAUUUUAUAGCCCGUGCUUCUUUACCAGUCGCUAUGGAUACAAGAUGUGCGCACGCAUCUACUUGAAUGGUGAUGGUAUUGGAAGAGGGACACACAUCUCGGUAUUCUUUGUUGUCAUGCGUGGUGAGUACGAUGCGUUACUCCGCUGGCCAUUCAGACAGAAGGUAACGUUCAUGCUGCUGGAUCAGAAUAACGUAGAACACGUGAUCGACUCCUUCAGACCUGACCCAAACAGCUCAUCUUUCCAGAGACCAAGAAGAGAAACAAACAUCGCUAGCGGGUGCCCUACAUUCUGUCCCUUGUCGGAGUUAAACGAUCAAGCCUACGUCCGAGACGAUACUAUGUUUCUGAAGGUCAUAGUCGAUACGACGGAUUUAUAA